CCGCGUUGCCACAUACCUCGUUUGGCUUAAUCCGCGCCUCUGUUAUGAUGACCUAAGCAUAACAACUUCCGACGUCGCCAUCGCAGAACCGAUCAAACUUUGAGCCCUCUACUACCUUUACAGUUGGGCACUAUUGGGUAGCUCGCGCCUCAAUAUUUCACCUUCAAUAAUCGAUCAAUUAACAUGUCCCGCGCCAACGCGAUCAUCGCCGUUUCCACUGUGUUGUGCCUGGGGUGGUUCCUGACCACGAUCAACGCAAAGGACUUCAACUUCAUCUUCGACCCGCACGAGCUGGAGUGCUCCGGCAAUGUGACCUACGACCGGGUGAUGCUGACGGCCUACCGACCACGGACCGCCAGCGACGAGCGCCGUGACUACACCGACAUCAAGCUGAAGAAGCUGAACUCCCUGCAGGACUACCUGGACGAUCGGGUGCCGUACGUAACGGUGGGAAUGGACCCGUUGCUGAAAAUUCCCUACGGUACGCCGGUGUGCAUUCCGGAGUUGAACAUCCACUUCCGGCGGAACCUGAACCUGCAGGUGCGGGACACCCAUCAGGAUCUGAUUGGAGGUGGCUACCGGCGGGUGGAUAUUUGCGUACGGACGCAGGCGGACAGUUUCGAUGACUAUGUGAACCUGAUGGAUGCGACACUGAUUUUCUAGAGUGGAGUGUGCUUUAGUGAUUUAAUAAAGUGAUAGUGUGAUACAUUCUUGUUUUCUACGUGUAUGCUGUCCAAUGAAUUAUGUGGAACGCAUCGACGUUGGCAGAGUUCCUCCAAGAAAUGUCGGCAAAAUGUCUCGAAGAGUGUCUUUCGGAAUAUCUGGAAUUGUUAAUUGGGAAAAGUCUCGUAGAAGAAAUCACGGCUCAAUAUGCAGGGUGGCCACCCAGUUCGAAAACAAGGAAAAAGCCAGGGAAACAUCGAGAAUGUUUGCUUUGAGGACUACUAAAAUUUAUACAAUUUCUCUUUUCCUUAUUGAUUUUAGGGU